GUACAUAAAUAGUGUAUGUAAGAUUGAGCAAGUCCAGUCAAUUUGAACUCGAAUAUAAGUAAACUACAUGCAUAAUCUUAGGCAUCACAACAACAGAUUACAAUCUUUGGCCUAUAUUAAAAGACCCAUUUAUAUAAGUAAAAUGGGUCAAUUAAUGUUUGAAAUAGUCGAGUUUUACUGCAAAGUUUACAAACAUUUGCCCCCGCUGCCAAUCACUUUUGAUGUAAAAAACCAAAGAUUUCACGCUUUUAAGAAUCUGAGAGGCUUAUCUGGAUAUAUAUUUUCCUGUGGUAUUCUAAUCGGAGUGUGCUCCUUGAGUCCAAAACUUCUUCAGGUUGGUUACAUCCUCCUCCGUACUUUUCAACUUGGCCAUUUCCCAUUCGUCAAGGAGGAACAUUUCGUUUCACCAUUGCAAAUUGCAUCAGUCUGCGUGGUAUGCCUUGCCUCUGGAUUUACCGUUCUCGUGGCAGGAAUCUCUUAUCAUAUAAGAACAAGGAGUACAAAUCUGCUCAAUGGGAUUAUCUCGCUAGAGAAGUACUGGCAACCUCAAGAGACAAGAAGUAUUAAAGCAACUCUGCCAGAUAAGCUUUAAGAAUUUUUUGUCCAUGGUUUUUUUUGAACGAACAAUAAUUUAUCAUCUUUUUUAGUGCACCGACAAAAAACUCGACGGGGUACAAUUCACAAUGUCCCCGCUGAUAGGAAACAAAAGGGCUCAUCAUUACCUUUCACCUUCUCAGAGUGACCCCGCUAUUCGCUGUCUACAUGUCUCCAGCCCUGGCACUGUUUGCCAUGUACCAUGAGAUAGACCCCAUCCAUUUUGCCCUGCACUGGUUGCCCCUUCACCUCUUGCCCACCCUGGUAAGAUAUGGGAUUCGGCUUGUGUCUCUUGUGCUUCUCACCAUGGCGGGCAUCGUGAUAGGUCAGGUUCUCCUUGGAAUGGGCUACAUGAUCAUCAUGGCCGUCUGGACGUGUCGAGAAGUUAUCCAUCUCAUGGAUUCCGAGCAACGGCGAGGGGCACGUGUCGGAUGGAGGGGUGUGGAUCAAAUGCGAUUGGUCAUCCAGUACAACCGACUAGUCAUUUUAAUAUCCGAGAGCGAAUCUGGACUAGCAUUAGGAAUCCUGCUCGUCUUGGGAGGAAGUUUUCUUGUCAUCGUUAUGUGCAACGUCAUGACCAUAACAAUGUACGAAUUAUACCCCAUCCACGUGUACAUAUUGGCCCCCCUUUUUUCCGGAAUUAUGGUGUGCGUGGUGAACGUGGUGUGGAAAUAUGUCGCUCAAGUGGAAUUGAUUUCGCGGGAAAUGUUGCGUCGCUGGAGGAACGACUAUAAACUUGUGGCUAGUGGGACGAUGCCAGAAAUUGGGCGAAGGGUGGGGGCAAUGAGGUCCAUUUUGCUGUACAUGGGAAUGUUUGACUUUAGAUGGUUCCCAGUGGAUAUGGAGACACAGUGCAAUUAUAAUGCGGCCAUCAUCGAGAGGACGAUUAGUUUCUUACUCGCGUUGAAAAAUUGAUCCAGUAUUGGGAAAUCUAAGCUUUGCUAAUUACUGUUAAGAAUCCUUUAUUAAUCUGGUGCUGUGUACAAAAAUGCUUACUUAUUUUCAUGUAAUAUAAGCAAUAAAUAAAGUAGUCCAAACUUCCCUUAA